AAAACCGAAUAUAACAGAACAAAGGACUUCGCUCUUUCAACCCAUUUCUUUAGAGCCACCAUGAAUCUCCUCUUCUCGUACCUUAACGCCGGUACUAUUGGAAUCCUAACAGCAUUGCUCUUGACGAUUUGUUUGCUCCGGAGGUCAUCUAAAGCCGAGGAAGCCAAACUAGCGCCGGAAGCCGCUGGAAAGUGGCCCCUUUUCGGCCAUCUCCACCUGCUAGCAGGACCCAGGCUUCCACAUGAGGCCUUGGGCGAUUUGGCUGACAAAUAUGGGCCCAUCUUCAGGAUCCGUGUUGGGGUGCACCCGGCGUUGGUCGUCUGCAGCUGGGAGGCAGCCAAGGAGUGCUUCACGGUGCACGAUGUUGUGGUCUCUUCGCGGCCCAAGCUCAUUAGCGGGAAGCUCUUGGGAUAUAACUAUGCGAACUUCGGGUUCGCCCCGUAUGGGCCGUUCUGGCGCGAGAUGAGGAAAGUAACCGCCUUGGAGCUGCUCUCCAAUCGCCGCCUUGAGCUGCUGAGUCAUAUCAGAGAGUCAGAGAUGGGGAUUUGGAUGAAAGCUAUGUACAGGAGGUGGAUCGAGAUGAAAGAUGGCACGGACCUUGCCCCAGUGGAGAUGAAACGGUGGUUUGGGAACUUGACGCUUAACGUGAUCCUCCGAAUGGUCACGGGGAAGCGCUACUCCAUCGGUGGUGCUGUGGGGGGCGAUGAGGGGAAGGCCCAGCGGUGCCAGAAGGCGAUGAGGGAGAUGUUCCGCCUGGCAGGGCUGUUCGUGAUGGCGGAUGCUGUCCCUUUUAUGGAGUGGCUCGACGUGGGAGGACAUCAAAAGGCCAUGACGAGGACGGCGAAGGAGAUGGACAGUAUAUUUCAGGAAUGGUUGGAGGAGCAUCGCCAGAAGAAGAAGAAGGAGGAGGAGGAGGAGACUUCACCGGGUGGUGUUAAUGUCGACUUCGAGCAGGACUUCAUGGACGUUCUGCUUUCUGUCCUGGAUGAAUCUAAGGCAGAGGAUGUUGAUGCUGAUACGAUCAACAAAGCCACAACCAUGACUUUGGUCGCAGGAGGCACGGACACGACCGCCGUCACCCUAAUAUGGGGCCUCGCCUUGCUCCUAAACAACCCGCUCGCCAUCAAGAGAGCCCAAGCUGAGCUGGACGUCCACGUCGGAAGGGACAGGCUGGUCAAAGAGUCAGACCUGCGCAAGCUCGUGUACCUCCAAGCCAUAGUCAAAGAGACCCUCCGCCUGUACCCGGCCGGCCCUCUCUCGGGCAUGCGCGAGUUUACCCAGGACUGCACCAUCAAGGGGUACCACGUCCCCGCGGGCACGAGGCUCAUCACCAACCUGUGGAAGAUCCAAAGGGACCCGCGCAUCUGGGAGCGGCCUGAUGAGUUCGAGCCUGAGCGGUUCCUGACCGGUGCGCACAAGGACGUGGACAUGACAGGCCAGCACUUCGAGCUCAUCCCAUUUGGGGCUGGUCGUCGGGCUUGUCCGGGGGCGAGCUUCGGGGUUCAAAUGGCGCAGCUGACGCUGGCCAGUUUGCUGCACGGGUUUGAUAUGAGGACGGCUCAAGACGAUGGCGUCGUUGAUAUGACUGCAGUUGCUGGGUUGACCAUCGGCAAGGCCACUCCGCUCGAAGUCAUGGUGAGGCCUCGCUUGUCUCCUUCUGCUUACGAGGGAUUUGGAUCUUCAGUGAAUUAGGUCCUUCAUCGAUCGAGAAGGAAAGAACAAUCCAAACAAUAUCAGGAGUUUCAUGUCAAUGUGAAUGUGUCGUAAGAUUUAAGGGCGAUGGAGAUGCAUAUCCAGGAUGUUAUUUAGAGAUAUUCUCUUUAUAUGCGAAAAGACAUUAGCUAUAUUGCUAUGGUAAAUCCCUCGAUGAUCAAGAUAGUUCAUUAACUUCAUGAGUUAAGUAAAUGUCGAGACGGACCUCAAGUACAUAGUAAUUUGCUCCUGUCAAUUAAGUCCCAAGCCGCCACCUGUAAAUUUGUGUGGACAUGCACACGAGCCGGGCAUUGCACAGAUGUGUACUCUUCACUUAAAUUUGCCA